AUGGACAGUCAGAACCCCAGGGCGUCAAAGUUCCACGAGGAUUUGGAGUCCCUUCAGUAUGUGGACCCUACUCCGCUCCCAGAGUCCCGCCACGGCUCGAUCUCCGUCCCAGCGUCCAAUGCAUCGCCCAGCUCCUCGAUUUUUGGCUCUGUCUUAGGCCUCAGUGGAAGUGGACAUAGCCCUGUAUACUACCUAACGCGGCUCCAGAAAUACUCCUCCUACGUCUUCGGAGUCUAUGCCUCUCUCCAUAUAACCAACACCUCCAUCAUCCCCCUCAUAACCCGCUCCGUCUCCGCUUCAGAACCCUACCUUCUCCUCACGCGGCCCUUCUAUCAAUCAUUCCCCCUCGAACCGCUUCUCGUAUCACUCCCAAUUGCAACGCACAUCCUCGCCGGGCUCGCCCUACGGAUUCACAGGCGCAAUGCCAAUCUUGAAUACUACGGUGCUUCUAGCCUCCCUAUAUCAAAACGUUUGGAGAAACGGCUGAAAGUCUGGCCCGCGGUAUCAUGGACUAGUCUCUCUGGCUACAUCCUCGCCCCGUUAGUAAUUGGACAUGCAUUCGUGAAUCGUGCUCUGCCGUUGAUCUACGAGGGCGGUUCGUCAGGGGUAGGAUUGGGGUUUGUGAGCCAUGGUUUUGCGAGACAUCCGGUUGUCUCAUGGGUAGGGUAUAUGGCACUGCUUGGUGUCGCGGCGGGGCACUUUGUUUGGGGUGCGGCGAGGUGGAAUGGGUGGUUGCCUCAUGGCAGUGAUAAAAGGGCGAAGAAAAGGUGGUGGACGAUCAAUGGACUGGGUCUUGCUCUUGCGGGCUUGUGGAUGGCGGGUGGUCUUGGGGUUGUAGCUAGGGGUGGGAAGGAAGGAGGCUGGGUUGGAAAGGGCUACGAUGUGCUGUAUUCGAAAAUACCACUUUUGAAAUUAUAG